AUGAAACCAACUGUGGUGCUCGUGCCGGGUGCAUGGCUUGUUCCCGAGUUCUACAAGCCCUUCCUAGAAGCAGUUCAGGCAGCGGGGUUUCCAACAUGUACAGCUGAGCUGCCAUCUCUGAACCCAGUUGAUCCGAGCGCGGCGGAUUGUACGAUGGACGCUGAGAGUAUCCGACGCCUGGUGUGCUCCCUUGUGGAAGACGAGUGUCGUGAUGUGGUGCUAGUGAUGCAUUCAUACGCAAGUAUGCCGGGAGGUGCCCGCUGCCACAGGGCUCUCGAAGUCCGAGAGAGUCAAACAGGGGCAGAAAGGAGGGGUGUUGGGAUUGGUGGCAAUCUACCAUCGUGGAUUCUAUUGGAUCAGCCUUCUGUUGGCCUCAAUGUGCCUGAUCAGCCAGAGAAGACCUUCGCUGCAGAUGUCAGUGAGGAGCAGGCGCUAGCGAUAAGCAGUGUGAUCAAGCCGCAUGCCAGCCUCGCCUUUUUCUCAGCCCAGCCCAGCCCUGCAUGGGUGGACCCCACAUUUACCGGGAGGCUGGCAUAUGUAGUGACCACCGACGAUUUGGCGGUUCCCAAGGUCGCCCAGUAUGGCAUGAUAUCGGGCACCGGCCAGCAAUGGCAUGUGCGCGAAAUCGAGAGCAGCCAUUGCGCGCCGUUCAUCACCAAAGUGGCGGAAAGUGUGGAGAUCUUGCAGGACUUCAUUCGUGCAUUUGAGACCGUUUGA